AUGAGCGGCAUCCUCACCCCGAUCGCAGGCGAGGCAAAGAAGCGAACCUGCUACUUCUUCGACUCUGACAUCGGAAACUACCACUAUGGCCCGAGUCACCCGAUGAAGCCGCACCGUGUGCGCAUGACGCACUCGCUCGUCAUGAACUACGGCUUGUACAAAAAGAUGGAGAUCUUCCGCGCCAAGCCUGCGACGCGGAAAGAGAUGGCUCAGUUCCACACGGACGAGUAUGUCGACUUCCUCGCGCGGGUCACGCCUGAUCUUGUCGAGGCAGCGGCAGAAGGGAGCGGUGGACCGAAAGUUGCGGGUCUGGCGAGGGAGAUGGGGCGUUUCAACCUCGGCGACGACUGUCCCGUCUUUGACGGUCUGUUCGAGUACUGCUCAAUCUCGGCAGGCGGUUCGAUGGAGGGCGCGGCGCGGCUGUCUCGCGACAAGUGUGACAUCGCGAUCAACUGGGCAGGCGGGUUGCACCACGCGAAGAAGGCGGAGGCAAGCGGUUUCUGCUACGUCAACGACAUCGUUCUCGGCAUUCUCGAGCUCCUCCGCUACCACCCUCGCGUCCUCUACGUUGACAUCGACGUUCACCACGGCGACGGAGUCGAAGAGGCGUUCUACACUACCGAUCGCGUCAUGACCGCCUCGUUCCACAAGUACGGCGAGUUCUUCCCGGGUACGGGCGACCUCAAGGACAUUGGGUACGGCAAGGGGAGGAACUACUCGGUGAACGUGCCGCUGCGGGAUGGCAUCACGGACGAGAACUACCGGAGCGUGUUUGAGCCGGUCAUCUCCCAAAUCAUGGAGUGGUACCGACCAUCCGCGGUCGUGUUGCAAUGCGGCGGUGACUCCCUGUCAGGCGACCGUCUCGGAACCCUCAACCUGUCCAUGCGCGGUCACGCCAAUUGCGUCCAGUUCAUCAAGUCGUUCGGUCUUCCGCUGCUCGUUCUCGGCGGCGGAGGUUACACGAUCCGCAACGUUGCGAGGACGUGGGCAUUCGAGACGGGUCUCGCGGCGGGCAUGGAGCUGGGCGUCAACAUCCCGAUGAACGAGUACUACGAGUACUUCGGCCCAACCUACCGCCUCGACGUCCCGCAGUCCAACACGGAGGACAUGAACACCAGCGAGUACCUCGAGAAGAUCAAGGCGCAGGUGUUUGAGAACUUGCGGCAGACGGGCGGGGGCAGCGCGCCGAGUGUGCAGAGUCAGCCCAUUCCGCGGACGGCGAUGGACGAGGACGACGAUCUUGAGGAGGACGAGCGGGAUCCGAACGUCCGAAGGCACCAGGCCGAGGUCGACCGCCGCAUCCAGCGCGACGACGAGUUCUCCGACUCGGAAGAUGAGGGUGAGGGUGGCCGACGAGACCGCCAGUCUCACCGUCGUGAAUCGCCAAAAGCCAGGUCUAAGUCGCCCGCACCCGCCGCGCCUGCCGACGCAGCAUCCGCCGCUCCCGCCAUCCCGCUCGAAACGACUUCCGCCUCUGCCGCUGCGCCUACCGACGCUCCCGUCACCACGACACAAGCCCCUCUGCCCGCCAACAUUACUUGCGGUGCCGAAGAGCCUCUCGCGCCUCUCAAGCCCGCAGGUGAAUCCUCUUCGAACGCGACGGAGGCAGCUCUCGCCGAAACUGCUCCGGAGGCAGAGGAGAAGGCUGGCGCGAUCGCCGAGGCGAACGGCGACGCUAUCGGCGGGACGGUCGAGAUGCCUGUGCAGGGAACGAGUGCGGCGCGAAUGACGACAACGGCAGGGCCAGGUGAGGACGAUGCGCGGGCAGAGGACGUCGAGAUGCAGGAGGCGAGCGGGAGUGCCUAG